GUCACCACAUGGUCCUCGUUAGACCUGUAACUAAUCGUCUUGAAUGGGACUUGAUCAUGAGCUUGCCUCCCAUUCAAGACGAUUGGUUACAGGUAUGGAUAGGCUUUACGUCUUAAUAGAUAGCUAUCUUCACCUCCGCUUCCAAAUCAGAGCUGUUCAGACCCAGAAUCUCGGCGUCUCUGUCCGUUCAAAACUUUUGAUCGCGUCAUCGAGUCGAGAUGCACUUGGUUCUGCGCUAUUUGAUGAUUCGGAACCAAUCUAUUCGCUAGUUCGACGAUCCGGAGCUCCUGCUGUGAACUCUGUGAUGUCGUUUCGAAUGAGGCUAUAAGAGGCUUAACACCUCCAGGAACAUAGCUCUCUCCAUAGUUGACUUUGUACCCUGCAAUGGCACCGCAAGCACCCACCGUCGUUCCAUCUUUGGGAAUGACACUUGGAUCAGUCUACAUCGGCGCUAUAAUCGCAGCGAUUUUGUUUGGAAUAACGAACCUACAGGCGGUGAUUUAUUACAAGAAGUACCCAGAUGAUUGGUGGAUAUACCAAUACUCCGUGAAUGCUCUUCACGUCGCUCUGGGCACACAUGCCUUGUAUCACUAUUUCGUUGAUUCCUUUGGUGAUUACACUGCACUCUAUGAUAUCAUCUGGUACCUCCAGAUACUGUUCAAUUAUCCACUGAAUGCAACCAACCGGGUACUAACAACUCCGAUAUUCAGGGUAUACGCUGUUCGCAUUUGGAAACUUGGCCGUCAUUUUCAUAAAAUCCUUCCGUGGUUUGUAGUUCUAGAUGUCGUCGUGGCUUGGGAUUUCCUGACUUAUAUGCCCUUUGACAGAUACUUAAUAUCGAGUUUCUUAUCGGUACCCAGCAUUAAGAUAUCGAUAUGCACUGUAUUUUCUAUGGCGGCAAUUUCCGAUUUCAUCAUUGCAUUUUCGAUGUGCUACUACUUGCGCAAAGGCCUAGAAGGCACAACCUUCUCCAGCACAUCUGCAAUGAUACUUAGUCUAAUGCGACUCAUUGUGAUAUCCUGGAUUGGCUACGAGUAUCUCGCAGGGCCAGACUCUCUUGUUUUCCUCGGGAUCGAUUUUAUCUUACCAAAAUGUCAGGACUAUCAUGCGUCCUCGAACAACAGGGAUUCUACAACGAAAGUCUUGAGAUUUGCAUCUCACAACUCUGGGGCCGACACCGAAGAAUUGAAUAUUAGUACCCCAAUGCCGAGCCCGGUUCAGUCCUUGGAACGUGAUAAGGAACAUCCUGAUUCUCGUGUAUGACUAGCAGUACCUGAGUCGAAAAUCAGCAUAUUCAAGGCAGUUUUUUAAUUCAUAAAAUGGGGAUCAGAAUUGUGGAGGUGGCGGUAGGGAUCAUACAGGAUUUCGAGGAAACGUACAGUGUCUAUUUAUGGAUGAUCGUUGGGCACACCACAGAAAAUGGUCAACAUUUAUGAGCAUGUACAAACCGAAAUUACUCCUAAGAAAGCUGUCUAACCCACCUAACGUCUAAUAAACAAUCUCAAC